AAAAGAUCAGCAAUGUUGCGCCGUGCUAACUAGCAGUAGCUGCGGUUGACAUAGCAACCACUGUUGCUAUUCCCACAGCGCUAACACCACGACGCCGCUUACCAGUGUUGACGUGUUGUUUCUUUCCAUAGCAGAACGGCUCUCAUUUCUUGUCAGGUUCCAACUCAAAUUUGCAGCAACGCCUUGUUUUGCCUGCUCACUUUGUCAUCUUGUUGCAAUCUCUUGUCAGGUGUCGCUGCUGCGCAGACUCAUUUCGCACUUCCUGCUUUCCUUGUUGUUGUUUUUUUCCUUCCUGCUCUGUUGCGACGUCAAAGCCUGGUCCUGGUCAAAGCUAACAUCAGGCACGUACAUUGAUGCAAAUAAACCGACUCCACACAGCCGCUGCUUGAGCGAUAAGAAAAGUACACAUAUUGGAAGCCACAUGGAACUGUGCGAGUCUUGCCACUGCUCCAGAAUUCCUCUAGGGUGGACCAGAGAGGUCAGGCAGCGGCGAAAGGGCAAGACAGCAGGAAAAUUUGACGUGUACUUCACCAGUUCCUGUGGGCAGAAGUUCCGAUCAAGAUCGUCUCUGCAAGCAUUUCUUGUGAAAAAUGACCAAGACGUCGACAUUGAUCUCUUUAAUUUUAAAGCGAGCUGUUUGCAGUGCCUCACUGCUCCUGAGAAACAGACAAGGGGUGUACAGAAUAACAUUCCCCAAAAAACUGUUUCAUCUCCACUUACAAGUUCCUCCCAUAAAAGUGUUGACGAGCAAAGCCUAAUGACAACUGAACACACAAACGCAGCGCUUGUUGAUAUCACGCCACAGCAAGACCCUCAUAAGCCAGGUCCACUGAGAAUGAGGCUUCUACAACCAGCUCUUCCUGGAGUCGUGGAGGAACGCCGAGAGGAUGACCUGAACAACAGCGAUGCAGAACGUGAACAGAACGUCACUCCCGAUGCCCAAGCGAGCGUCUUGUUGUCUGAUAUGAUUGCUGGCAAUUGCGAACCAUUGGGCACUUUCAAGAAGAAAAGAGCCACAAGUUCCAAAGACAAGCGGAAAACAAGCCCUUAUUUCAGCAGGACACCUCUUGCAGACGGUCCAAGUCCACCUCGAAGAAAAGCUUUCAAGAAGUGGACACCUCCUCGUUCUCCUUUUAACCUUGUACAAGAAACACUUUUCCAUAAUGUGUGGAAGCUGCUGGUAGCCACCAUCUUUCUCAACAAGACAAGUGGCAAGAUGGCUAUUCCAAUCCUGUGGCGAUUCUUCGAGAGGUACCCGUGCGCCGAGUCGGCUUGCCACGCCGACUGGAAGGCAGUGUCGGAACUACUCAAGCCGCUUGGACUGUUUGAGCUUCGGGCCAAAAUCAUCAUUCGUUUCUCAGAUGAAUUUCUGAACAAAGACUGGCGUUACCCCAUUGAGUUGCACGGCAUUGGCAAGUAUGGCAACGAUUCCUACAGGAUCUUCUGUGUGGAAGAAUGGAGACAGGUGAAGCCUAAAGAUCACAUGUUGAACAAAUACCACACGUGGCUUUGGGAAAACCAGGAGACCCUCGGAAUCUGAUGACACAUGAGUUAACUUUUUCAUCAUUAGGUUGGCAAUGAACAAUACAAAGCGGAAUAAAACAUUUUUAACUUUAUACACGCCGUCUGAAAUGGUUCAUAUUGUAUCUCGAUGCAGAGUUGCAGAUGUGUUUUGGACAAUUGUGCAAUCACCAGUGAGCUCCUUGCAAAAUAAAUAUCAACAAAGCCUUUAUUUGAUGAUGUUUGUCAGAGGAAAAUCUAAACUCAGCCUCCAGCUGAGAAGACAUUUGGUUGUGAAAAACACAAACAUGAUCGUUGACAAUUGACAGAUGCUUGAAAAGAGGAACCUCCAAAUGAACACGUCACUACAAAGUAUCAAAAGAGUUCUUGUCAACGAGACACCACACACGUGAUGUAGGGAACACUUUGGAAAUUGGGGCCCCAAUACAAAUGGAACGGGAGAACUAAAAUAUGGCUUGCAUUAUUAUCAUUAUUGGAUUUGUACUAAAGGCUAUGUUGAAGUGUCCUUGAGCGAGAUAAUAAAUCCCUGUUGCCGCAAGAUCAGGUGAAUGAAGAGAUUGCAUCUAAGUGUUUGAUUACCGUAAUUUCUUGGGUUUAACAUACUUUUCUCUGUACUCAUGCAUUACAUGCUCCGCCAAUUUAGUGGUAUUUCUGAAAACAAAAAUAGUAUUACCUGCAUAGUCGUUUGGAUUUUGUUAGGUUUCUCAAACAAA